AUUAGGCGAGUGAAGCGAGCUAAGCGUUUUUCUUCCCCAGACCACUUUCGGCUUGCUCCGCCCUCUGUUUUUUCUUCGCCCUGUUCACAGGCUAGGAGAAAUUGGACCCUAUCGCCCUCGAUUUUUGUACUUGGUGUUUAUUUUAGUCUUCUUUUUCCUUUCCAAGUGGAAUGAGAGGCAACGAGAUUGAUACCGUCACCGACCCUGCUGUUUCCAUAGUAACCGCCAAUCUUCAACUGGUGCUGCUUCUCGAGGAAUGGCGACCUAUCUGCUUACGUCACGUUUCCAUGGCAUCACGAAUUGCCAGGCUUAUGUGUGUCUUCUUGACAGGAAACGAUCUAUUCCUUAACAGCUCCGUUCAUGAUUAUUUAUCAGCGCUUUUACGGAUUUACACAAGCCCAUCGAAACUUGAACAGCUCGAUUUUAAUUCUCCAAUACCUGGACUCACGUCUUUCUACGAUCUGUACGCUUCUUUUCUGUCCCAGUACUCCGCGGUCUCGUUUGGAGAUGCGUUGUUUGGUUGCUUCGUAAUUCUACCUUUAGCGCAGAGACAUGACGUUAAAUUUCGCAGAGCUGUUUGGGAUGAACACAUAGGAGUCUUGAGGGCGUUGUCAAUUCCUUUAGAACAGUUGCCGAUUCCCUUGGAGGAAUUUCUGUAUCCUAUUGAACAAAACCAGGCCUUACUUGCACUCUAUCUGCGAGCUCUGGCCACUCAAACUGUCAGGUAGGUUUACAGAGUUCAUAGAGCGUUUAUAAACAAGAAAGCUUGUAACUGGCUUGCAGUCCUUGCAGAUGAAAACAAGUCAUUUGACGGAGAAAUUAUACAAUAGGGUAAGGCGGCUAAAAGAAAUACGCCAAAACUGGAAAGGAGUGAAGUCUGCGUCGGCCAAAGUGUCAAAUCUUGCCGGAGCUUAUCCCGGUUGCUGUAGCAUGAAGCGACUAGGAGUUUUUCUACUCUCCCCUGGGUUGGAUGCUAAUCCAUCGCAGGGUUACCCCCAGCAUUAAAUACGCAGACCUACCCAUUUAAACGGCCAGGGGGAGCGAGGCACUGUGAGAACACAACA